AUGGCCUCCACAACCCAACAAUCCCACCCCUCCUUCCCCUCCCGCCCCUACUCCAACACCCUCCACGGCAAGCUCCCCGAACGCAAUGCUCCAGGCUUCGGCGCAUCCGCACACCCCUCCACACGAGAAACAGCACGCAUGGAGCGCGAAAGACAGGAGAGGGAGCGCGCGCAAGGAGGAGGGUCGUCGAACCCGAACCCGAAUCCUCUAAGCACCAUCACAGACGAGCAGCGCGAUGAAGUCAAUGAAGCUUUUACAUUGUUUGAUGUAAACCAAGACGGGCGCAUCGAUUACCACGAAUUCAAAGUAGCCCUCAAAGCUCUAGGCUUCGACCUGCCGAAAUCCGAGAUCCUGUCCCUUCUCACCACCCACGGCACGCCUUCCUCCUCCGCAAAAACAUCUCCCACUCCCGGCAAACUUCAGAUAACGCUCCAAGCGUUCCAAAACAUCGCCGCGGGCUUAAUAGCCGCUAGAGAUCCUAGAGAUGAGAUAUUGAGGGCGUUUGCGCUGUUUGAUGUUGAUGACAAGGGCACGAUUAGUAUUGAUGAUUUGAGGAGGGUGUCUAGGGAACUUGGGGAAGGAUUGGAAGAAGAUGAGUUGCAGGCUAUGAUCGAGGAGUUUGAUUUGGAGGGGAAGGGUGGAGUAAGUAGGGAGGAGUUUGUUAAUAUUUGUAUGGGGUGA